CUGGUAGAUAGCCUUGUUGACACUUUAUCAGAAGACCAAGAAAAUACAACUCAAGAAUACAUUGAAGUUGCGCAUGCAGUUAUUGACCAAGCGCAGAGUUUAGCAAUCCAGUUGGAAGCGCUAGCGCAUAGUACAAGCAAUCAUGAGUCCCCGGGUACGGUAGCGGAAAAUAGAGGGAAUGGUGGAAUGGGGCAGGCAAGCAUAGAAAGGCCAAAGCUACCUGCGAUUCCAAUACCCAUCUUUUCCGGAAAAUCGUGGGAAUUUACUAAUUUCUGGACGCUUUUUGAAGCAAAUGUAAAUUCUCAGGCACUAUCCAACUUACAAAAAUUCAACUAUCUUUUGAGUGCGCUCCGGGGAGAAGCUCUAGAAUCAAUAAGGCGCUAUCCAGUAACCGAAGAAAAUUAUGACCCGGCCAUACAAUUACUCAAGAAAAAGUAUGGAAAUGAUUCGCAACUAAUCUCGCGCUCACUGUCUAGACUUGAAAAUAUCAAAGCACAAAAUCAAUCAAUCACUGCGCAAAGACAACUUCUUGAACAUAUCAUUCCUCUAAUCACACAACUACAAGCGAAAAGCGUGAAUUUAAAUGGCUCAUUUAUAGCGCACAAAAUACUCUCGAAAUUUGCGAUCAGAAUUCAGCGCAAAGUCCUAGAGAAUAGAGUACAUGAAAGAACGAAAGAAGCAGAUUGGAAAAUGAAGGAAAUUAUUGACGAGUUAGAUGAAAUCAUAUCCACAGAAGAGCACAUAAAUGAAAUGUUGCAGAUCACUGAAAUAUACCCUAAAAAAUCAGAAAACUACGUCCUACGUCAAAAUACAAGUCGCGCUAGCAAACCGCCAUUCCCAUGCAUGUUUUGCGCGUCAUCCGAUCACACAGCUUUGAACUGCACAAAGUAUGCCACAUUAUCGGAGCGGCGAUCAGUAUUUCAACAAAACAAUAAAUGCCUCAACUGCGGCAGACAAGGGCACUUUGCAAACGCCUGCACUAGAGAGGGAUGCAGAUCAUGCGAAGGCAAAAAACAUCACUAUACUCUUUGCCCCCAAAAACAGAAAAAUAGAACCCCAUUUCCCAGGGCUCCAAAUUUUUCAAGCUUUAGCAACAAUAACAGAAACCAAACAAAAGAAAGGGGCAAGAAACCAGAAAACAAGGUUCGGGCGCAAGUAGUGCAAACAAAUAUUGAUGAUAAUGCUGACCUCAAAAAGAAGGAAAGCAACGAAACUAUGGUUUUUCAUUGCGAGGAGCAUGGAAAGCAGGUUUUCAAUGCUCAGGUCUUAUUAUUGACUGGGAUAGCCCGAGUAAAGGAUAUGGAGUCAGGAAAAUGGAAACAUGUGGAAGUACUUCUUGACACGGGGGCGGACCAAUCGUUUAUAAACGAAAAGCUAGCGCACGAUUUGGGAUUACGCUGCAAGGAAACAAAAACAUUCACGAUGUACACAUUUGGCGCCAAGAAUCCGACAACGACAACGUGUGGAGUGACAACGGUAGAUCUUUUGGAUCAAAGAGGGGAAAAACACAAUAUGCAACUAUGCGUGACACCGGCACUGAUGAGUCAGGGAAAAGCAGUGGACCUCUCCCCAAAAGAUGCCGAGUUUAUCGCCAAGCACAAGAUAACCUUGUCAAAAGGCAAUCUUAAGAAAGAUUUUGUACCUCAAAUCCUACUCGGCUGUGACCAGUUAUGGGAACUAUUAGAUAGCACUCGUCCCCAAUACACCUUGCCUUCAGGAUUGAAACUUAUCCCGUCUAGGCUAGGCUACUUGCUCACAGGAAAACAGGACGACAUGCAAGGUAUACAUUGCGCAUUUCCCACAGUCAACGCAGUGAAUAUUUUCAUGAAUUUCGAAGAAGAGCUAGCAAGAUGGGAUAAGUAUUGGACAAUCGAUUCGGCGGGGAUUUAUGAGUACAUGGGCACAAAAAAUGCAGAAAAGGAAGCAAUCAACAAAAAAGUGGCAAGCUUUUUUGAACAGACCAUUGAGAAACGAAGGGAUGGGUACUACGUGCGUCUACCCUAUAAAGAAAACCACCCUUCACUUCCAUCGAACAAGGCGAUUGCUUUGAAAAGACUACAAAACUCGCUGGAAAUGUUGAAGUCGAGGCCAGAACUUUUGGAAAACUACGACCAAACCUUCAAAGACCAAGCAGAAAAGGGAAUUAUAGAAGAAAUUCCCAAUGAUAAAGCGCUUGAAGGAAAAAUCCUACAUUACAUCCCCCACCAGGCAGUUGUGACACCUCAUAAGGAGACAACAAAACUGCGCAUUGUCUUCGACGCAUCGUCUCAUUACAGAGAAUGUCCAUCUUUAAAUGACAUUCUUCACCAGGGCCCUCUAAUCCUGCCCGAAAUAUAUGAGAUGCUAUUGAGGUUUCGCGCGAAUAGAUACGUACUAACCGCAGAUGUGGAGAAAGCGUUUCUCCAAGUGCGCUUGAAUGAAUGCGAUAGAGACGCGACACGGUUUUACUGGGUUCGAAAUACUAGCGCUCCGGUAGAUGACAAUAAUAUAGUCACUUACCGCUUCACAAGGGUGCCGUUUGGUUUAAACGUAUCACCGUUUCUAUUGGCAGCAACCGUCAACCACCACUUACAGAGCAUAAGCGCAAACAAAACCCUGGCGGAAGAAAUAAAGAAAAACCUUUACGUUGACAAUAUCAUAUUAGGCGCGGAAUCAACCGAAGAAAUACAAAAGAAAGCUGAAGAUGCUCGAGACAUUUUUACUGGAAUAGGCAUGAACUUGAGAGAAUUCCUCUCAAAUUCUGUUGCAGUGCGCGAAAAAAUACCAACCGAAGCCUGCGCGAAGGCUACGGAACAGAAAGUGCUCGGGAUAACCUGGAAAGCGCAAAGUGAUGAGCUAAUCAUGCACUGUAAGAUGGCUUCCACCUCUCUAGUCACAAAACGAGAAGUAGCAAGACAAAUUGCCUCCAUUUAUGAUCCGUUCGGAUGGUUGAUUCCUCUGAUAACGCGAGCGAAACACUUCCAACAAGAACUAUGGAAACAAAGAUACAGCUGGGAUAAAGCAUUACCAGAAAAUCUCGCCCAACAAUGGGAAGAUAUCAUUCUGAACGCAGAUGGGUUUCAGCGCAAAAUUCCUAGAAUGAUAUUACCAAAAUUGGAAAAUAUCAAACUGGCGAUCUUUGCGGAUGCGAGCGAAAUUGCUAUGGCAGCUUGCGCGUACAUUUUCGACCUGGGAAAUGCGGCCUUAGCUAUGGCAAAGUGUAGGCUACCUUCUAUAAGAUCUGUGUCAACAAUUCCAAAAAUGGAAAUGAAUGCGCUAACCAUAGCGGCACGACUCGCACUAUCCAUCCACAAAGCGCUGCUAGAAUGUAAAACAAUCAAUAAAAUUUCACAAAUCUACUUAUUCUCGGAUUCUCAGAUCGUUUUGAGUUGGGUUGCGAACACAUCUAGCGGUGCAAGCGCAGGGGUACUCAUCAACAAUAGAUUGAAAGAAAUCCGGAAAAUUGUACUGGCAUUGAAAGAAGAAGGCGCAGUAACGACUUUCAAAUACAUAUCCUCUAAAGAUAAUCCUGCGGAUGCGGGAACAAGAGGCUUAACUAAAACUCAGCUGGAAAACCACUUCUGGUGGCACGGUCCAGAAUUUUUGCGCACCCCCAUAGACACAUGGACCCUGCCCACCUAUGAAAUGGAACGACAAACCGACACAGAGACUCAAUGUUUUGGGAUCACAACAUCUCCCACAGCUGAAAUACAAGAUCAGCAAAGUGAUCUACUGGAUCUCAAAAGAUUCAGUUCAUUUGCAAAAGCCAAACUAGUCGCUAGAAAAUUCGAUGAGGCUCUUUCAAGAUAG